CCGGUUUCUCGCGACGGAACUGACGCGCGCGGCGCGCGACGCAGAGCCGAGUGCAGAGCGGAGGUCGUGAUGAGCUGUGUGUUGUGUGCGCCGGCGGCUGGGGCUGUCCGGGCGCUGAGGCUCGUGCGCUGGGCUUCCCGAAGCCUGCAUCCGCCGCCCGGGGGCCGGGAUCAGGCCCAGUCCGCAGCCAAGGGGGAGGAAGAGGACGAUCCUGACCGCCCCAUUCCGUUUUCCACCAGCAAAGCCAACCCGUCCCGUUGGACGGUGGAGCAUUCCCUGGGAAAGGAGCAGCAGCGACCCUGGUGGAGGGUCUUGCCCAUAAGCCUGUCCCUCAUGAUUCUGCUCAUUUGGUGCGUCGUUAGGGACGAGACCGGCACGGACCGCUGGUUGAAACAGGUAUUGGAGGAAGAGGUGCCGGAGCUCAGCGAUCCCUCCGAGGAGCCUGGAACUCCAGCUGCCUAUGGAGAGAGAACUUAAAGAGGCGCCCGCGGGGGCAGACAGCGAGGGCCCAGGCAGCGGCCCUUAGGUCUGACGUCGCGUUUGAUCGUUUCUGUCUGGUUCUGUGCGUCCCCAGGCUGAAGGGUUGGAUGGCGCACCUGGCCACACUGACCCUCCGGGGAGGAGAGAGCGGAAUGUCAGCAGACGGGACCCAGUUCUUGGCCUGAUACUUUGAUGCCCAACGAAUAUGCACAAAAGACUUUUUCUAGGUCCAUAUGAAAGGUUUUGGAUUUGUGAUUUUCAACAUUAUGUUUCCAAAGCAAGUCUGGUGACACUUGUAAUCCAGUGUAAUCUAGUUUGCUUUCUGAGACAGAAUAACAGACGAGUUAAGCUUUCUAUUUUACAAUGUAUUGUGGUAUGUAUAAAUUGAUGUUAGUUUUACAAACUAACACAUUGAUAAAUGUUAAUUAGCUAAUGUGGAAUUAAGCCAACCCCCCUUUUGCAUCGCAUUAAACAAAGGGAGCCUUUUAGUCCUUUUUCAA